AUGAAAUCUCAAUCUAGUUUUAGUUUUCAAAAAACUCAACAAGAAAGAUUAGAGAAAGCGCAAAUAAGGGUAAUAGAAAGGGAUAUAUUACCAUCUUCUAGCUCAGUUUAUGCUGAAGCUUAUACUGAAGUUUACCUUGAUGAUAAAGAGGUUGGUGAAAUUGAUGAUGGAAACUGUUCUACACAGUGGAAUUCUAAAUAUCGGUUUUGGGAAAGAUUGUUGAAAUUGAAAGAUGCAAUUAUAUGGCUAGAGUACUCUACGUUAUCAGUCAUAUAUCCCAUUAUUGAACUCCUGAAAUUCGAAUUCACAGUAGAUCCAAAUCUGCCCUUAGUCGAUGAUAAUUAUGAUCUAAAUGAUGAAUAUGAAUCAAAUAUAGACAGUGGUAGCGAAGACGAAAGUAGCAAAGACGAAGAGGAUUAUACUCAAGAUACCCUUAACAUCCAAUUAACAAUUGCUCAA